AAUAGAGGUUCACUUCUCAUUUCAAUGUAUACAUGACUUGUCUUUAGCGGGUUGAUGUAUCAACAGUUGCAACAUUGUUUGGAACACAAAAUUGUAAGGUACAAGCAGAUAAGCUGUAAUUUUUGGACUUCGUCUCAAAGCGACAUCUGUCCAAAUUGCUAUGUUGCUCCCACAAAGACAUAAAUAACCUCCACCUCUCGAUAACACAAAAAACAAAACAGGGGCAUUAUAGUCAUUUGAAUCUCUCUUCCUCAAAAUCUUUCCCCAACACCUCCGCCCUAGAUCUGCGAACAUCGACAGCGAAAAACAGGGGUAAUUUCUGCAAAGUCAUGGGCAAAACCGUAAAAUGGAGCUGGACUUCUGCUCUGAUCGGGGCGGCGUCGGCUACAGCCGCGGCGGCUCUCAUAAAUGCGAAGCCGAAGGACCCGGCCUUCCACCUCAUCUCAAUCAGCCUCACCUCCUUCAAGUUCAACUUCCCAGUCCUCGAUGCCGAGGUCAUCCUCACCGUACACGUCACCAACCCCAACAUCGCGCCCAUCCACUACUCCUCGACGGCCAUGUCUAUCUUCUACGACGGCUCUCACCUCGGCUCCGCCCAGAUAGACGCCGGCUCCCAGGCCCCCAAGUCCUGCCAGGUGCUGCGGCUUCCUGCUCGACUCGACGGGCUGGAGCUGCUGACUCAACACGCGGGGCGGUUCCUGGCUGACAUUAGGCGGAGAGAGAUGACGCUGGAUGCCACAGUGGACAUCGAGGGUGCAGCGAAGGUGCUAUGGUGGGAUCACAAGUUCAAGGUACACGUGGACAGUCACGUUGUCGUUGAUCCUUUGUACCUUGAUGUCAUUGAUCAGGAAAACAAGUCUGAUUUGGAACUUCGCCUUGCAUAACAUAUGAUAUUUGAGUAGAAAUGUUGUCCAAAUAUAUUUUUUUUUUUAUUAAAAUAUCUUUUUAUAACUAUUAAAUUGAAUAUUUUCC